AUGAAUCAUUCCAAGAACCACGAGCAAGAAGAGGCAGAGCUGGCUUUGCUCUCCAACGAUGAGACUCUAUCAAUCGCAGGAUCCGACGAUCUCGAGGCCAACCAGAAAGAUGCCAAAACGACAGCCACGACAGAGCCGGAAUACCAGACACCGACGACGGUGAAGUUCAUUUGGCUUGGGGCCUAUUUCCUGUUCAGCAUGAUGCUGACCAUGUAUAAUAAACUGAUUCUGGGAUCAUUCAAGUUCCCGUGGCUCCUAACAUGUUUACACACUACUUUCGCAUCGGUCGGAACAUUCGGAUUGUUGAAACUUGGAUACUUCAAAUUGUCCAGACUGGGACGCAAAGAACAUAUGAUCUUGGUGGCAUUCUCGGUGCUGUUUACCGCCAACAUUGCCAUGUCAAAUCUUUCCUUAUCUCUCGUUAGCUUGGCCUUUUUCCAAAUCAUCCGCAACACCGUCCCUAUUUUCACCGUCCUUAUCUAUCGCCUUUGGUUCGGUCGCUCAUACUUCAUGGCCACAUAUAUUUCCUUAUGUCCGAUUAUCAUCGGUGCUGCUAUGACCACCGUUGGAGAAUAUCACUACUCGGCUCUCGGCCUUUUCAUCACCAUUUUCGGAGUUAUUCUGGCGGCUGUCAAGACCGUCACAACCAACCGGCUUAUGACUGGAUCCCUAGCUCUCCCAUCCAUGGAACUGCUGUUUCGCAUGUCCCCUCUCGCCGCUAUUCAAUCUUUGAUCCUGGCAAUCAUUGCUGGAGAGAUUCCAGCCUUUGCAGAAACCAUGUCGCAACGCGCGACCGAAUCCUCCAAGCUGGCUACCACCGGAACCAUUGUAUUCUUGCUCGGAAAUGGCCUGUUGGCAUUUUUGCUGAAUGUGUCUUCCUUCCAGACUAACAAGCUCGCCGGUGCUCUGACCAUUUCAGUUUGUGGCAACCUCAAGCAGGCACUGACGCUUGCCAUGGGAAUCUUUGUUUUCCGGGAUUUCACCGUCGAUUGGCUCAACGGAUCAGGUAUUCUCCUAGUAUUGGCUGGAUGUGCCUCCUAUAGUAAGGCGGAGCUCGAUUCCAAGAAAAGAGCCGCCCCCACGUCAUAG